CUUUCAGGACAACGAACCGUGUAGAGACCACGUCUACGAUUGGUCACUCCUCGGCAAGGAUUUAAUUUUGAAUUCUUCUUUAUGGUGUGGAAGAGGCUCCGACCCGAACUUCGUCUAGUCCUCAGACUUUUAGACUAAAAUCAUGCCCAAGUUCAAACAACGAAGAAGAAAGCUAAGAGCCAAAGCCAAACGAUUAUUUAAGAAAAAAGAAGCCUCCCGAGUCCAGCCUCAGCUAUUGACCCCUCCCCCUCCACCACCCACACCAGAAAGAUUGGUUACUUCUUCAACAGAUAUACCCCAAAGCAGUAACUGGCUAAGACGACCUUGGAGCUUCAGAUUUCCCAAUGUCAAAGAUGUGCUAAACCUUUGGACGAAUAGAGCAUGGUGCAUAUACAAUCACUGUCAGACCUGUGUAGCCCAGAGUUUAGAAGCACUGAGAGAUGCCAUCUUCCCUUCCCGAGUCUACCACAGAGAACUUCACAGUCUAAAACAACAAUUUUGUGUUUUGAAAAGUGAUUUAUGCAAGCUCCAAGAAACACUGAAGACCAUCUCAGAAAAUUCUUCUUAUUCAAGUCGUUGUCAUAUGUGUGGCGUGAGUGAUAAGCGUACAAACGUGCCUGCCUGUGCUCCAACAACCCCUGGAGACUCCCAAACUGUACCUCCUCCCACACUGCCACAGCCAGCCAGUCAUCCGCCCCCUCCUCCUCCCCCACCCCCUCCUCCUCCUCCUCUUCCUCCGCCUCCACCACCCCUAGCACCUUUGCUGCGCAGAAAAACUGGCACUACUGGAGUACUUCAGACUGAACCGUUAAAGAAAGAUGGACCCAUGCAUAUAACAGUUAAAGAUCUACUCACUGUAAAAUUGAAAAAGACACAGAGUAUUGAAGAAAGAAAGAAGCUUGUACCAUCGCCACCAGAGCAACGGAAUCCACUAGUUACUGUCUCUGAUCUGCAGCGUAUUACUCUGAAGCCCAACUCCAGGGUGUUAGCAACACGCGUUAAAAAUGUCCUAAUUACUCCCGGUAAAAGUCAAAUAGAUUUGCGAAAACUGCUGAGGAAAGUCGCUGUAGACAGGAGCCCAGGUGGGACCCCUCUUACCAAUAAAGAAAAUAUGGAAACAGGAACUGGACUGACUCCAGUCAUGACUCGGGCCUUAAGGAGAAAGUUCCAGCUGGCUCACCCUAAAAGCCCAACUCAGUCUCUACCACUUCAUCCAAGCAGCUUCGAUGAACAGAACUGAGGCCAGCUCUGCCUGACUCCAAGGAGGAAUCGACACGAUGACAGAUCAAACCCCCUAAAUUUUAAUGUACUAAAAUAUGUAUAGCUCUAUGAAUGUAAUUCUACUUGAAGAAUCAGAGUGAGUAUGUAUGUAACAUACACACAUUGUGACAUAAAGAGAGAAUUUAGAUAUAUUCUGAUGAUUAUGAUAGUAAUCCGGAAAGUAAUGUUUUUCCUGGAAUUAGCCAAUUUAGGUUAGAGUCGCUGUUCAGAUUUCAUUUCAUAGGGGCUGGCAGCACGGUUUAAUGGGCAAAGGCACUUACCAAGGGCCCAGAUGGAGAGAAGAAAGAACUCUCACAGAGGUCCUCUGACCUCCACAUUUACGCUAUGAUAUGUGCUUCCUUCAACACACCAAGUUAAUAAACUUGUUAAAAAUAGUAUUAAUGGUAUAACUAGUUUAUUAUAUAAAUAUAGUUCUGACAUUAAGAAAAUAGUCUGAGUACUAGAGAAAAUGGCUCAGCAGUUAAGAGCACUCCAGCUUUUGCAGAGAACCCAAGUUCAGGUCCCAGCACUCAAUUGAAGUGGCUUACAGAUGCAUACUAUAGCUCCAGAGCCAAGCGACUCACUGCCUUCUUCUGGCCCAGACUGGCACCUGCACUCACAUGUACAUAGGCACACAGACACGUAACUAAGAAUAUAAAAUUUUAGAAAUAAAGAACAUAACCUGGUUCCCGCUCAUCUAAGGCUGAUUCAUUCAUUGCUACAAACUUGAUUCAUAAAAUAAGACCCUCUACUUGGGCGUAGUGACACCUGCUUUCAAUCCCAGCACUUAGAAGACAGAAGCCUGAAGUUCUCUGGGAGUUUGAGGACAGUCUGGUCUAUAUAUUAGUUUCAGAACAGUCAGAACUAUACAGUGAGACCCUGUAUAGUUUAAGACCCUGUCUUAAAGUAAAUAAACAAGUAAUUUAGAGAAAAAAAAAGAAAACAAUUCAAUGUGACUUGAAAAAUUCGAAAAGACCCUGUGUUUGCUUGAAAUGGAAGUCUUAUGGCCUGGAACUCAUGGAAAUCCUUGGUUCUCAACCUCCCAAAUGCUGGAAUUACAGGGGUGAGCUACCAUAUCUGGCUAGUAGGUAAUGACACAUUGCUAAAAUGGCAUGGCCUCUUAGGUAGUUGGUUUCAUAUGGUUCACUGAGACACCUUUCUUCUUCUUCUUCUUCUUUUUGAGGCUGAACCCAGGGCCUCACAACAUGCUAAGGUACACAUUCCCUGAGCUGUAGCCUCAGCCUUGUAUUCUCUACUUUUUAUGUCUACUGUCCAUUUUCCUGUAGUCAAAUAAAUUUUUCUUGAUUUCAGCAUGAGACUUCUGUUUACCAGAAUGCCUUGCCAAGGAUUCUCUGUGGUCCACGGCAGUUUUACCAAGAAGCUCACUGCCUGGUCCUUACCAGUCUGGGUAUUCCCUAACAAUAAUGAUAUGUUUCUCACUGGUCUUCAUUUAUUCUUGCCAGUCUAGAGUGUCACAUUUAGCAAAUAAGAAUAUAAGAUACUCAAUUAAAUUUGAAUUAUAGAUAAACCACAAAUAAGCUUUAAGUAUAAAUCUGUCCUACUAAACAACAAAUAUUUGAAUAUUACAGAUCAAACUCAAGGCCGUGUACAUGCUGAGCUAGUAGAAAUAUCUCCUUAAUAUUGAAUGAGGAACAAUUACAUUUUUAUAAAAUGUAUUUAGGUCUUUGCAGGGACUAAAAAUGACAUUUAGGUCUCUACUUGUCUAGAAGGUUCAUAGCCCUGGGUUCAAUCCCCAUUACUAAUACAUGCGCACGUGCGCGCGCACACACACACACACAUAUAAUGGCUAAUCUCAGUUGUCUAUUUCCUAUUAUUUGUAAUCACCUGGGAGAUGGGUUUUCUCAGACAUUAUCUGGAUUAGGUUAAUUGAGGUGGAUGACCUACCCUCUGUGGGUGGCACCAUCCCCUAAGCAGGGAUGCAAUGUGACCAGCUGCUUCAGGCUCCUGCUGUCUUGAUCCCCUCCCUCCAGGUAGAGUGUAUGGUAGAGCUGUAAGCCAAACAAACCCUUCCUUCCUAGAUUGAGACAGGCAUGUAUUUCAUCACAGCAACUAGAAGAGUAACUAACAGAUAAUCAUCUGUACGUAUUUAUGUGUUAUUGUUUGUCUGAAAUUCACAUUUAACUGAGAAUUUAUUUUUACUUAGUUACCUUAUUUGUCCACCCCCGAAAAGUUGCAGUCUGUUUCUGGGAUCCCACAGUUUACUACACAUAUCUUCUUGGCAGUGACCACUGUAUCGCGUCAGCCAGGAUCCUAUCAUAUCCAUUCUAAGCAGAAUAGAUGGGUAAUUCCCAUAAUGUGAGUGUGACUCGGGGAUGCAGAAGUAGCUGUCUUUUUCUCCAGGGCAGAGGGCUCUCAGGGCUUAGAGCAUGCUAGGGAAGUGCUUACACCACUGAGCCAUACCAUCAAUUCCAGGGUCACCUCUCAUGGCUGUUAUUCACCCCUACGCUUCCAAGAAUAAAGGCAAUGGCCCCCUUAUCCAUUAAAAACAAAACCUCAAAGACUUCAGAUGUUCACUCAACUUUCUAGUCUGAUAGGAAGAGCCACAGAGAUAACAGCCUUCACAUUUUAGUCUUCCAGUUCACUGCACCUCUAAAGGUAAUUUAGCAGUCCCCUAAAUAUUCCUGGAGGGUUUUGUUUAAGUUUUUUUGGUUCUAAGGAUUGAACCAGAGCCUUGCACAUGGUAGGUAAGAAACCCAACAAUAGCUCCAUUGUCAAAUCUCCGUAUUUCCAUUGAAUGACAUAACUCUGAGAAGUCAAAUCAUGCUGUCAGAAAGUCACCAGACUGGAACACACCUUGAGGCAGUCCUAUUUAUGAGAUCCAUAUUUAUUUUUAUAAUACAAAAAUAUUAUAACUAGAACCAGCUAGACAGUUGUUUGUGGUUUGUUGAGCCAGGUUUUCAUAUAGCCUGUUCUGUUCCAGAACUAUUUAGCUGGGGAUGACCUUGAACUUCUGAUCUUUCCUCCACUUGAAUGCUGGGAUUAAGACAGUACCACCAAGUCCAGCAGAGCUUUUUUGAAAACCUGCUAGCUAAGUUUGGUAUUAUGUAAAAAUAAGGGAAAUGAUCACUGAAAAUAAAGAAUUCAUAAUAAAAUGGUAUUUUGUGGGGUACUUAUAAUGUUUACAACAUUAAUAAACCAAUAUACACUGUACCAGUGUAACUGAAAUAACUUAAUAAUUCUUAUGGCAUAGAAGGUUCAUUUAAUAAAAAUAAAAUAGCUAGGCUGGACAUGGUGGCUUCUGACAGUUAUCCUAGCUACUUGGAAGACUGCGGUGGAGGAAAAUGUAAGUUCAAGGCCAGGAGUCAACCUGGGCAACUUAGUGAGAUCCUGUCUCAAAAAAUAGAAAUUGUAUAGGUAAAAUAUUUACAAAGCUGCUAUUGUUGUUGUAUCAGUAUUAAAAUGUGCCCUACUUAAAUUGUUUACUAAUUUUUAUUUUAGAGUUUAUAUGCUUUUCAUUGUAACCACUUGAGUACUCUGCACAUUGUAUACUUUC